ACUCUGAGAAACAUUUCAGAUCGCCCAGUAAACUUUGUUCACAUUUUCACUCACUGUUCCGGCACACACACAAUCCCAGUCAAAAUGGCGUGCAAAAAGAAAACCAAGCUGUGGGAACCAAUGGGCAAGGAUGAAUUGAAGAGCACCACACAGGCGAUGCUCGAGGAGGGCGCUAAGGGUUUAAGGACGAUUUCUACGCAGCAGAAAAAGCUGGUCAACUUUCAGUCGUUCAAUAUGGAUGAUCCCCGAUACGGCAUUUCAAUAAUAGAGGACACUAUGGAACCCCCCAUGUUGUCGAGCUACACAAGGCAAUACUCCCAGCCGUAUCCAAAUCGCUGUAAGCCCUUUGUUCAAAAGACCGAAACACCAGAUCCCUUAUUCAAUCGAAAGCCGAAAAACGAUUUUGAGUUUGCCACGGGCCUGGAUUUUAAGUUUCUUGAUGAUCAUAUGCAUAAUCUUUCCGAAUCACGCAAGAAGGUUAACUUCUUCAGGCAACUGAGGAACCAGUCAUUUCUUCUGUAUUGACAUGGGCCAUAUUUUUUCGAUCUAGAAAAACUUAAUUUGUAACAAUUUGAGUCCAUCAUCGGCAAAGUCACGCAACGUGGCUCCUAUUUUAAGAGCUUUCAAUUGUGCCAUGAUUAUAAAUUACCCCUCAUUAUUUUCCGAGAAAAAUGUGUCAAUUGCAUUUUCCAUUACCCCUUCGUUUUCGAUAGAAAUCAAUUAAUUUUGCAUAAAUAAACUCUAUUGUCGGCGUGGUCAGGGAAGCGGCAUGUGCUUGACUAUUAUUAGGUUAUAGCUGGUACACUUUUCUUGGAAAAAUAGCAAGCAAAUUGCAAUUAAUAAUGCAGAAGGCAGAAGGCAGCGAGCCAAGUCCGAUACUCGGCCAUUGCUGCGAUAUUCGCCGCGGGCACUGCCAUUGCUGCCAAUUUGCAUAAAUGCUAGAAGAGCUCUCCCGUUGGCCAGUGGGAUGUCGGGCAGCAGGAGGGUGGUGUCAAACUAAUGGCAGUCUAUGACAGGGAUCUGAUUUAUUAUUCACGGUAAUUAGUUUGGCCUCCUUAGUGUCCGAAUGGAAGCCAAUAAACCAGGCUGACAUGCCGCUGCAUUGAUUUUGCCCCGAGGAAAGCGCGCAUAAGCGAUGGAUUUUCUUCCGGCGUCCAGCACCGCGAACAUCGCCCCAAUGGAGUGGCCAAAACAUAACAAUCUCCGGCAGACAAGAGCAUGAAAGUCGGAAUGAAUGUUCCGAGGUGUCCGCCAGCGGAGGAAGGAGCUGAGGAGCUGUUGCCUGGGCAUUGUGGCUCUACAAAGCGUGGCGGAAACACGUUGUCCUUGCGCUGAAGCUGUUCAUCAGGAUCCUCGUGAAAUGGAAAAAUAGGUAGAAAUUUGCCUUGCUUUGUAUUGGAAAACAGAAACGAGGGCAUGCAAAUUUUAUGUUUCACAAAAACUAAAU